UUUAUUCAGCAUUUUUUAAAUAAAAACCGUAAAAAAUUCGAUUGUGAAAUCAAUAAAAACAAAUAAAUAAUCUUUAAACAAUAUGGUGAUAGUGGAGAAAAGUUUUCCUCGUGGAGGAAUAGCAGCAGCCAAAGAAGCUGUAGCCACAAAACCCGAACAGAUUUUCGGUGCCGUACAACGAAAAAUCAAGAAAAACAAAACUAAAACAACUACAGCGGCAUUAGUAGAUGAGGAUGAUGAUUUAAAGCCACGCUCCGUCGAACUGUUGAGUUAUGAUACCAUACAGGACGGUAUGAUUAUUAUGGGUUUGGUAAAGAGCGUGGAUCAAUUGUAUUUGAAUGUCACAUUGCCGGGACGCAUAAGUGCCAGAGUAUCUGCUUUGGAAAUAUCUGAUGCCUAUACAAAAUCUAUGAAAGAGUUUUUAGAAAACUCUGCCCAAUCAGAGGGCUAUAAACCACUAAAGGAUUUAUAUAGUGUGGGCAAAAUUGUAUAUGGUCGUGUUAAGGAAGUAAAGCAGGGUGACAAGGGAGAAAUCCAAGUUGAUAUGACCUUAAAGCCCAGCGAAGUACAUGCCGAACUCGUACAUGCCAACAUUAAGAAGGGAUUUGUUUUCAAUGGUGCCGUGGAGGAAGUUCAGGAACAUGGUUACAUUAUAGAAUCAGGCGUUAAAGGUUUACGCUGUUUUGUUCCCGUAGAAAAAUCUCAAGCUGGUCAUGCUGUUGGCGAGUUAAUAAAUCUUAAAGUGGAAAAAGUUACGGCCGAUAAGUCAGUGAGCACCUGUAUCUGUUCAGAAAUAAAAUCCAACAAAUUAAAAGUUAAAGAUCAAAAUGAUCCCAAAUUGGACUACUUAAUGCCAUCAACCAUAGUUAAUUUCCAAGUCAGUAAAGUGUUGAAAAAUGGUUUACAGGGCACUAUAAUGAAUGAAGUAUACACCGCCUAUGUAAACGAGCAUCAAUUGGCAGAUCCUUUAGCUUUGCCAGAAGAUUAUGAGGUUAAUGCCAAGUAUGAGGCCAGAAUUCUGUAUGUUAUGCCUUUAACUAAAUUUGUCUACUUAACCAUAAAUCUUCGCAACAAUGUGGAAACUAAAACGGAAACAUCUGAAGAGGAUAAAGAGGACACCACAGAAACUGAUUUAAAACCUGGUGAUAUUGUUGAAAAUGCCAAGGUGCAUCAUUUAGGCACUGGUGGUGUCGUUUUAAUAUUAAACAAUAAAUUUAAAGGCCUCAUUUCCUACAAAACUAUUAAAGCCAACUACAAAGGGAACUAUGAUCAAGAUGAGCUUCUAUCGAAAUAUUCACGCAAAUCCAAACACACAGUAAGAAUUACAAACUAUGAUAUCAUGGACUCAAUGUAUAUUUGCACUGAUGAUGUCGUUGCUGUAAAUGAGAAAUAUUUUAGUUUCAAUGAUAUUAAACCUGGUGAUUUUGUAACGGCCACAGUUAAGGAAAUUAAUCAAAAAGUUGGAGGUUACUCGCUGCAACUGGGAAGAAUUAAUGCUCUUAUCGAAAAAUUAUUUUUGGCUCCUUCGUCAAGAAAUUUGGAUUCAAAGACCAAAUUAAAAUGCCGUGUUGUCGACGUGAACUCCGAACGUAAAUUAGUGUAUUUGACCAAUCGCUCUGAAUACAUGUCCAAGACCAGCAAGCCACUUUUAAGUUUGGAUGAUGCUAAAGUUAAUGUAAAUUACCUGGGUACCGUAGUCAAGUGUAAUAAAACUUUCGCUUUGGUGAAAUUCUUUGGAGAUGUGAAAGGUGUUUUCUAUAAACAAAAUGCCUUGCCGGGGCAAUUGGAAAAUAUUGAGGAGGGACAAACUAUGCAAUUUCGCAUAGCCAGUAAAAAAGAUGAUCAGCUUAUAUUGGGUAUGGUGGAAAAUGCCUUCAAACUGGGAGAGAUUUGUCCAGUGUCAGUGGUGCACACACUCGAUUCGGGCUUGGAAAUAAUGAUAAGCUAUUCCAACAAUGAGGAUGAAGAUAUCGAGCACAAAGGUCUUAUACCCGUACGUCUACUCUCCGAUUACAUUGACUUAUUAAGAGCUAAACUACAUUUGUAUCCGGUGGGCGAGGAAUUAAAAGCUGUCUGCAUUUCUGGCAGUAUUUUUAGCUUGAGGGAUGUCAAAUACUUUUCGGAACAUUUGACAUGUGACUGGAAAUCCUUAAAGAUUGGUGACAUUUUAAAGAGUUAUGUUAAAGAUGUCAACGAAGAUGUUGUGGAAAUUGUGGUACCCAUCGAGGGCUAUUCGAAAACCGUUAAAGUUCAUGUCAAAAUGAUUCUGGUGAAUGCUUUCAAGAAUGAUAAUAUAAAUUUUUCUCCCGAUCAAGUGGUCUACGUAAAAGUAUUGGGCAAAGAAGAUUCUACAAGGACAAUAACUGUGUCGGCUAAACUUACAGAUGUUUGGGAUGGUAAAAUGUCUUUAACAGCUAAUCAUUGUGAAAGCUAUUUAACGGAAAUUUCUGAUAUCAAAAAACAACUCAAGAAACAAAACCAUGCUAUAGCUCGUUAUUCUCCCGGCGAUAAGAUUACCGCCAAAUUUCAAUGUGUCAAUGAGGCCACCAACGAUUGGGAAUAUGUCUUAAAUGAAACUGAAGUAGUUGGCAUUGUGAAAACAUCUGUGGUGGGCAAAGCAAAGCCACCCAAACAGGGCACCGAACAAGAAUGCGUUAUAUUAUGGGUUGACUACAGCAAUAUGUUGGUAUUCCUCAGUAAUAAACCGGGAGAUUUGGAACAUAUAUCCACAGACAAACAGAUUCCUGUAAAUCUCAUUGGAAAAUCCGGCAUAAAUGCUAAAGUUUUGUUUAAAAACGAAAGUGUUUUUGUGUGUUCCCUGAAGAAGGGCAAAAACCCUGUUGUCUUCUGUCCCACUCAGUUGCAUUUCAAUGAUUUUGAGCAUACGGCCAGCAAAGCCAUAACCGAGGGACAAUUUUGUAAAUUGGCUUUUAUACAUGAGUCAGAGCCAAUAGCCAUCUUGGAUGAUACAUACAAAUUGUGGCAGGAUAUCAAUAGGAAACGUAAAUUGGCCAAGGACGAAAAGACAGUGGAUGGGGUGGAAUCAAAGAAACAGAAAUUGGAUAAAACGAAAAAACAAGAGAGCGAAGAGCCGGUGGUAACUAAGAAACAGAAAUUGGAAAAUCCAGCAACAACUAAAAAGGACAAAAAGCAGAAAUUGGAGCAAUUAGAAACAAAAACCAAAAAGGAUGUACAAAAGAAAACCGCAGACAGAAAACGCACUGUUUCGGAAACUAAACAAGAAAUGGCGGAAAAAACUACUAAAGCCUCUGCUAAGAAAACUAAAACUGAAGACAACAAUAGUUCCAGUGAUGAUGAUGAGGAAAACAAAGAAGAUACCAUACUCUUCUAUGAAGAUAAAGCCCCCGACAAGAAGUCAGCUGCCAGAAUUAUUGAGUUGAAGAACUCCACAACCGAUAAAAAACCAAAAACACCCGCCGUGAAAUCUUUAGCAGGCGUUAAUGAUUUCUGGAAUCUUGAUUUAACAAACAUCUCCACAAAUGUCGAAUCCUCAGAUGAUGACGAUGACAGCGAUGAUAAGGAUGAGAAAGCCGGUACAAAAAAGAAACUAACAGCAGCUGAUAAGUUCAAACAACAACGUGAAGAGGAGUCACGUCUAAGGGCCAUUGAAGAGAAAUAUGCCGAUCCCAAUCAAUUACCCGAUUCAGUAGAUCAAUUCGAUCGUCUGGUACUAUCAGAUCCCAACAACAGCAAACAUUGGAUCAAUUACAUGGUCUUCCAUUUGCAAUCGACCGAAAUCGACAAAGCCAGAGCCGUGGCACGAAGAGCUCUAAAAACCAUUACCUUUAGAAAUUCAGAUGAUCAAAUCAAUAUUUGGGUGGCUUUGCUUAAUUUGGAAUUGCGCUAUGGCAGCAAGGAAAACUUUAAUGACACCCUCAAGGAGGCUUUAAUGUACAAUGAGCCAUUGAAGAUUUAUCUGCGCACUGUCGAAAUCAUAACCGAUGCCCAAAAGACCAACGAACUUGUGGAAAUCAUUGGCAAUAUAACGAAAAAAUUCAAAACUGAACCAGAAGUGUGGCGGGUGGCAGCAAAUGCAUUAUUCACAGUGGAUAUGACCGAAAGAGCUCAACAGUUGUUGCACAAAGCUCUAGCCUGUCUACCGGAAAGAGAUCAUGUCAACACUAUUGUUAUGUUUGCCAAUCUAAAUCACAGACAUGGCAACAAUGAAAUGGCCCAAACCUUAUUGGAUCAAGUGGUUACCUCAUAUCCUAAACGUGUGGAUGUUUGGUGUCAAUAUGUGGACAUGUUGGUUAAGGCGGAGUUAAUCGAUUCAGCAAGAAAUAUCUUGGAACGUGCUGUUGUUCAAAAAAUACCUUUACGGAAAAUGCGUACAAUUUUCAAAAAAUAUUUGGAAUUUGAAGAACGUUUUGGCAACGACACUAAUGUUCAACGAGUUAAGCUAUUGGCCAUGGAUUAUGUUAAAAAGAAUGAAAAUUUAUAAAAAAAAUUAAAUAAUUGUAUUUAAGUGAAAUGUUAGUUUUUUUUUGUUUUUCUUUUUAGAGAUUUCUAUACUCUAUAUGUAAAUGAGAAUAAGGUAUAUUAUAAAGAAAUAUACAAAUAAAUAUUUUUUAAAUAUAUAAUAGAAAUAAGCAUGUA